UCGGUCAUACUAUUAGUGUAAUGAUUACAUAACAAUAAUACUACUUAUGGUAAAAAAAAAUAUGUUUCAAAUAUGUAAAUUUCCGAUGUCAUUUGGUUGUAGAAGCAAUUUCAAUGUUAAUAAUUUGCGUUACAUGGCAGGCCAUUCUAAAUGGGCCAAUAUAAGGCAUAUAAAAGCAAAGAAAGACGAAUUUAAAUCGGCGCUCUUCGCGAAGACUGCGAGGCAAAUUCGACUGGCCAUUCUUGACGGAAAUUCGGCAGAUCCAGCAUUAAAUCCAAUUUUACAAUCAGAAAUAGAUAAAGCCUUAAGGCAAAACAUGCCUAUGCGUACUAUACAGAAAACUUUAAACCAGUUUAAACAUGUAACACAAAAUAUAAAAAAGCACCGGUUGGAUAUCCGAUAUAAAAGGAACAUAUAUAUCAUAUGCCAUAUUUUCACCGACAAUUUUCCAGCAGUUAAGAUGGAUGCAACGUCAACGGUAAAAAAAUGCGGAGGAGAAUACGUAGAUGUCGGGCACAUGUUUCAGAAUUGUGGCUUGAUACAAAGCCAAUAUGAUACAUCAAAGCUCUUGGAUGGACAGAGCUUAGAAGACAGAGCAGUUGAAGAUGCAAUUGAGCUCGGAGCUGAAGAUAUUCACAUAGUGGACAUAACCACAGGCUCCAUAAAUUUUUUUUGCAAUCCACUAAAUGUAAAUAGUUUAAGUAAGAAAUUAGUCAACAUUGGAUACUCUAUUGAGAAUUGCGAACACCUAUAUGUUUCAAACAAUCUGGUAACACUAUCAAUAAAGGAAAGAGGAGCCUAUGAUAUAUUUAAAGAAAAGUUAAGGAAUAUUCCAGGUUUAGAAGAUAUUUAUGACAAUGUAGAAUAGCACGUUAUAGCCUUUUUACACUGGGAUUUUUCCGUUAAAUGGAA